GUCUUAAGCAGUCUUAAGCCAUUUAAAACUCAUUAAAAUAAUGCUAUCACGAACGAAAUUUUUUCUAACCUCAAAGUUGAACCUGAGCUGUGAACUUUGAGUGCACAAAAAUAAUCCAAAUAUCAAUAAUUAUAUAAUUACGGCCUGUUUUCGCGUCCGAAUCAUAUUCGAUCAGCCUUCGUGGCAUUAAAUUUGGCAACCUUCUGUUCCACAUUUGGCGGCCUUGCGGGUCGAUCGUCGUGUCAAAAACUUUCAUAUCAGCCCUAACGAAGCAAAUUUCAACGAAAUAAACCCUAAAACUGCGAAACUAAGGUUAUGCCGGAAAGGUUGAACAUUGAUGGCCCCCUGUGGGACCAGAGCACCUUCGUGGGACGCUUCAAGCAUUUCCUGUGGGUGACCGACCCAAGGACUUGUAUCGUCUCAGAGGAGGAGUUGGACAAGGCGAAGAUUCUCGUUGAACAGUACAGGAAGCACAAGGAGCCCCCAGGGACCACUGUAGAGCAGGUCAUUUAUGCGAAGAAACUGUACGAGAGUGCGUUCCAUCCAGACAGCGGCGAGAAACAGAAUGUGUUUGGAAGGAUGUCUUUUCAGGUCCCUGGGGGCAUGGCUAUCACGGGGGCGAUGCUUCAGUGGUAUCGUACACCAUUCGCGGUAGUCUUCUGGCAAUGGGUGAAUCAAUCGUUCAACGCUUUAGUAAACUACACGAAUCGCAACGCAAAAUCGCCAACAACCACCACACAACUGCUAGUCGCUUACGUUUCGGCCACAGGUUCAGCAAUGGCUACAGCCCUUGGCUGUAAAUAUUACUGGACCAAACGUGCCAGUCCUUUCGUUCAAAGAUAUGUGCCGUUUGCGGCCGUCGCAGCUGCCAAUUGCGUCAACAUCCCUCUGAUGCGACAAAACGAACUCUUGUACGGAAUCGACUGUUCCGACGAGAAUGGUAACAUCGUGGCACAGUCGAGAUUCGCUGCCGCCAAAGGAAUCACUCAGGUCAUUAUUUCGAGAAUCACCAUGUGUGCACCAGGAAUGCUCAUCUUGCCGGUUAUUAUGGAAAGGUUGGAGAAGUAUAGGUGGAUGCAGAGAAUAAGCGUCUUGCAUGGACCCUUGCAAGUUUUGGCAGUUGGAUGUUUCCUAUCAUUUAUGGUACCAACUGCCUGUGGUCUAUUUCCCCAAAGAUGCUCCAUCAAAGCUACAACAUUGGAAUGGUUAGAACCUGAAGAAUACGAAAAACUUAAAAAGAAAUGUGGAAACAACAUUCCUCCAUUACUCUACUUCAACAAAGGUCUCUAAAUAAGAUGGGAGAAAAAAUAAGACAAUAAUUAGUACAAGAAUAGUAAAUUCUUAGGUGUUAACACAGGUAUAGCUUUCAAGAAAAGUAUACGUACUUUAGAGUCAGGCCAAAAUCUCUAUUAAUUUUAAUUAUGUGAUGAGUUAUGCACACAGCAAUAUGGUUUUAUUGUUUUUUAGGUAAUAAUUUAAGCAAUAAUUUAUUGGUUUUUAUUGUUGAAAUUGUGUUGUUUAACAAAAAAAGAAAAAAACGUUUUAAAAUAAUUAUAAAGCAUUUUUAAUUUAUUUAUAGUGUAUAAUAUAGUAUAUGAAGUGUAUAAAAAAGGACAAUAACACAAAAACCUCGAAAUGGCAGUUACAAUAACAAUAUAUACAAUAAAAUUUUUAACAUUAACAAAUGCCUGCACACCGUGUAAAAAUAAACAUUUGAGAACGAA